UCAGCUGGUUGGAAAGUUAGAGAAGUUUCUCGGCUCUGAGCACGAACAUUUAUUUAGGCUCUUUCCUGAGACCUAAAAGGAAGGUUUGAGAGACGGAGAGGAAACAGGCUUUGUAACCUCAGAAGUUCUUUUUUUCCUCUGCUUCUGAAAAGUUUUUAUUACCAAAGUUUUCUUUUCUCUCCUCUCCUUCCCUUGUGUGCAAUUCAAACAAAUAGGAAGCUGUUUUCUCUCCGCUGCCUCGCUGCCUGGAGACUUGUUUUGUCCCUCUGUUUUUAAACUUUUGAAUGAUAAAGCCCUGAUUUUUGUUUUUUAAGCUUGUUUUUGGAGAGAGCCGAGAUUCUGGUAUAAGCAGCCAGAAGCUGAAAUUCCAGUCCGCCCAGCUGCUGGUGAGUGGAUUUACUGCAUCACGUGAAAGUUUACAGCCAGGAACACCAAGGCAAACAUUGACAUUUCAGAGGGGAACGUGCAGCCUAGAGCCAGAGAAAGUUGGAGGACUUCUGUUUUGCUCUUGGUUUUGACUUAGAAGAAAACUAUGGCCGACGGCCAGAUGCCCUUUUCCUGCCAUUAUCCCACCAGGCACCGAAGUGUCCGGGACCCAUUCAGAGAGACUGGCUUGACCUCUCGCCUGCUGGACGAUGACUUUGGCAUGUCCCCAUUCUCUGGGGAUCUAACUGCAGACUGGCCAGACUGGGCACGACCACGACUGACCACGACAUGGCCAGGCCCUUUGCGAUCAGGAAUGACCCGAAGCAGUGGCAUGUCCCCUCCUGGAUACGGCACCAGAUUCAGCAGCUACCCUGAGAGCCGGAGUCCCACUGCCUUCUCAAGGGAGCCCUGGAAGGUGUGUGUCAACGUGCACAGUUUUAAACCUGAGGAGCUGACAGUGAAGACCAAGGAUGGCUAUGUGGAAGUGUCAGGCAAACAUGAAGAGCAACAGGAAGAAGGAGGGAUUGUCUCCAAGAACUUCACCAAGAAAAUCCAACUCCCCUAUGAGGUGGAUCCUGUCACAGUUUUUGCAUCCUUAUCUCCAGAAGGGCUGCUGAUCAUCGAAGCGCCACAGAUACCUCCGUACCAGCAGUACGGAGACAGCAGCUGUGGUAACGAGAUACCAAUGGACAACCAAGAAGCAACCUGUGCUUGAUGCAUCUUCCCUGUUUCCCUUUUUCCCCCUCUCCCUUCUCAAACAGAUUUCUCUUGAUUCCAGCUGUAAUUGCAUUAGCUGAACAAACAUGUACAUUGGAUCUUGUAUAUUCUCUUAAAGGGGCUCUGCUUCAUCACAUCCUACAGACAUAUUCCCUUGUCCUACUCCUGUUCUAAUCAGAGUAAGUUUGCACUUAGACAAGGUGGUUGACUGUAGGGCUCCAGUAUCAUCACUGUGGUUGUUGUUACUUGUAUUACAGUUGCACUUAGCGGGCCCAACAGAGGUGAAGGCCCCACUGUGCUAGAACUGUACUUAUAGUAAGAGACAGUCCUUGCCCCAAAGAACUUACAGUCUAAAAAGACAAGAUAAAUAAAGGCUGAGGGGAGAAACAGUGGCUCAAGCAAGUGAAGUCACUUAGGAAAUAAUUUGCAGAGCCAGGUAUAGUACCCAGGUCUCCUGGCUCCUAGGCCAAUACAUUAUCCUCUACACAACACUUCCUCUUGUAUUACUUGUCAUUUUUUUCUCUACUGGCUGAAAACAACCAGGAUAUGGCAGAGAAUUUAUCAUGGCAAGAUCCAAAGAGUGGUUGAAAUUCCCUAACAAGCUGCUUAUGGGCUCUGCUGGCUCCAAACAAAAUCAAAUCACAGGGCCUGGGAGAGGUGACUCCGUAACUCCAGCUUCUCUUUGGCAUUUCUCCCUUAGUAGUGUCCCAAUAUGGCCCACAGUUUCACCAAGGUUUUAUUGAGGUCUUACAUGCGCCAAUAUCGUUUAUCUGUAUAUCGUACAUAAUAAAACAGAUGUCUUGUUUGUUGUUGUUUUUUGCUAUAAGUUAAUAAGAUGGAAUAUUUAUGACACUCACAAAACUUUCUCCUCUUAAAUUAAAGUGCAACUCUUGCAGUCAUAUUCUACAUGUGUCUCUUUCUUUUCCAUUUCAUGAAUGAUUGCUCUUUAAACAGCCUCUUACCAGUGUCAAGAUUAGUUUUUUGGUGAUGGAAAGACUGGCAAGUAUUGUUGUUUUGUAGACAGACAACCUGAAAGACCAGACAUAUUCAGAAAUGUAACUUGUCUGCAUGUUUUGACCCUCUUAUUUUAUUAUCCAGAAAGGAUUUGUGCUUUUAUUUGACAAACAUGAUGAAUAAAACCUAGUGGAUGUUCUUA